UAUGCAUUCACACCGAUCCAAAUCUAAGCUCUAGCUAGCAGCUAGCUAUAUACCAUAUACUAUCUCCUACGUGAUCAGUUCGUUCGUCAGCGACCAACCGACGAUGAGGGAGCUGAUCCGGAGGCUGAGCUUCUCGGACCGGGUGAGCGACGGCAGCGGCGGCGUGCCGCGCGGGUGUGUGCCGGUGCUGGUGGUGGGCGAUGGCGACGAGGAAUGCGAGCGGUUCGUGGUGCGGGUCGAGGCGCUGCGGCACCCGUCGCUGGCGGCGCUACUGGAGAUGGCGGCGCAGGAGUUCGGGUACAAGCAGGAGGGCAUCCUCCGCGUCCCCUGCGCCGUCAACCAGUUCAGGCGGGCGCUCACCACCUCCGCCGUCUCCAAGAACUACUGAUUACUAAUUAAUUCUCUAGCUGAUCAAUCAAGCAGACCGAACCUUAUCGAUCGAUUGGCUUUCUGGGUACUUGAGGAGCGAUUCAUUUGUGCUGUUGACUAGUUGAGUCUCCUCCCCAUCUUUUCUUCUCUUUCCAUUUUGUUUUCUUCUGGUUGGGGAAUGACUGCCAUAUGUAUGCAUGUGGGCUGUAUAAUGCGCACUGUCAUUUACGGUUAGACCUCCUGUCAAAAAUAACAAUUGAAACAAUUGGUUAUUCGGUAUGCAUGUGUCUCCUUUCUAAUACUGGUUAACUUCCCUUCCAAAAAAAUAUGGCUCAUUUUUUGGGCUGUUUUUUUAGCGAGUGAGAAAUUAAUUCAGUGGACGCAUGUUUACUUUUCAUGAUGCAGAGGUUGAGAACUUGAGAUAUAAGCCCAUCUAUUGCUUUCAUUUCUUUUUGCUUGUUC